AUGAGGCUUGCCGUGUCCUCCCACCCAUCUUAUGUUCAGGACAAUGACUGUAGGAGUGUAGAGGUGUCAACAGCAAGGAUACACGUUUCUGUUCCAACAAUGGACCCACCAACGGUUCCUUCAGCUCGGUUAGAAAUAGACGUAGACCUUGGAUUUGUUUUGUUCUUUUUCUCACUCCUCUGCUUCUUCUUGUUGGUGACAAUAGUGCGCUGUGCCCAAAUGGUCCUGGAUCCGUACAGUGCUAUCUCUACUACGACUUACCAAGAGGAGCAAACUGAAGACUCAUGA